AUGCGACACAUGAAGCGAGGUGGGUUUUAUGUGAAGGGCAAAUGGUCGAAUGUUUUUAGAUCAGCCUUCAAUGGAUUGAAGCAUGGGCCCACCAGCGCUGCCUCUGGCUUCGGGUUUGCUGGGCUUUCGUCUUUGGCGGCAGAAAGAUCAGGAAUAUGUGAAUUCUCCAAAAGGGUUGCACGGCAAGUUGGUGGAAACUCUGUCCUACUCAGAAAUCAGUGGGCCAGGCAACAUGCAGUGCUUCAUCAGUCACCAUAUCAACUUGCUACAAGCGAUGCACAGAAAUUAAGAAGUCCUUAUUCUAUUAGAUGCUUUGCAUCCAAAACUACAGAGUCAAACAGUAAAAAGGAAUCGCAGACUCAAAAAGAGAUUUCCACUAUUGAAGAUCCGUUUGACGCGCCAACUUACAAUAUCCCACAAAAGCCAGUGACAUUCACAGAGGGAGCUUCUUAUAGCCUUGUAAUUCUUGCUGGUCUUGGCAUUGCUGGUGCUGCAGCUUACGGAGUCUUCAAGGAACUUAUAUUUGAACCCAAGGAGUACAAAAUAUUCAGCAAAGCUUUGGAUAGGGUUCAGAAUGAUGGCCAAGUUAAGGUGAGAAUCGGAUCUCCAAUCACGGGCUAUGGAUCAGAAAGUAGAAACCGUGCUGCUCGUCAACGUAUUCCAAAUAAAACAUGGAAGGACGAAGAGGGGGUUGAGCAUAUAGUGGUGAAUUUCCACAUUCGGGGGCCACAUGGUGCGGGAAAAGUCUUCACAGAGAUGUUCAAGGACAAAGUCGACAAGCAAUGGAAAUAUAUGUAUUUAAUUGUUGAAAUCACUUCACCUUCACCAGCUCAGCUGAUGCUCGAGUCUUAUGUCCCCGCAUGA